AGGGGCGGAUCCAGGGGUGAUUUUGAGGGGCUGAAGCCCCCCCCUUUUGAAAAAACUACCAUGUGUUGUAGUCUGACUCUACAACAAUUUUGCCACCAAUUAUGCAUCUGUAGACUCACUUGAAAUCACUUGAGAGAUGCUAGACAACAGCUACUAGGAGUAUAAAGGAUCUAGGGUAGCUAGCUGGACGUACCUAGCUAGCUAGCUAGCUGUACGUACGUACGUACAUCUGAUCAGUACAGUAUCACCAUAGUAUUAAAAGUAAGUGCAGAGGUCAACGUAUUAAUAUGAAAGUUCAAAGGUCAAAUCUUACAAAAAAUUCGCCUCCGGCGAGGCUGCCUCAUACGGGGCUUCGCCCCUUUCUAGCUAGCCCCCCCCUUUUGUUUUUCCUGGAUCUGCCCCUGAUGAAGUUGUAAUUUUCACUCUGCCGCCCAAUACAACACAUUUAACUCAGCCCCUUGAUAAGGGAUGUUUUUCUCCAUUGAAGUCAGCUUGGCGAGAAGCAUGCCAUCAGUUUAUUAGUCAAAAUCCAGGCAAAAGUGUCACUCGCUAUACUUUCUCAAGGGUUUUUGCUAAUGCUUGGAUGGAAUCGAUGACUAUGCGAAAUGUCCAAUCUGGAUUCGCCACUACUGGGAUCUAUCCAUUUAGGCGAGAUGCUAUUUUAGCCAAGAUACAGGAUAUGGAAGACAAUGAAGGCCCUCGUCUACAGUUCCUGCCAAUGUUUAGCCCAUUGCCCAAAAGAGCUCCAAAAUCAAGUAUUCAAUUUACAGCCAAAGAGAAGACAACGUUCCAGCGCCGAUUUGAGAAUGGUUACGAUAUAAUCACAGACCAUAGGUACAAUGAAUGGCUUCUCUCAAAUCAUCCCACUGAUCAAGUGAACUCUCAGUCUACACACGCAAGCUCUCCGCUGACAACAUCUCAAGAGGCUGGGAACAUCACUUCCCCUCAAGAGACUGGAAACACUGGUACUGUUCAACUGGACAAGGUGUAUAUGCCUCCAAGUCAGUCGCAAGAUAGUGCACUAAGCAAGUUCUUGACGUCAAGGAGCCUCCACCUACCCAGCCUCUUCCCAGAGGCAUCAGUCCUGGGUGUGUUGUCACACGUUCAGAUAAGAUUCAAGAAUUGCUUGCAAAAAAAAGGGUAAAGAGGAAAAGUUGAGAAAAAUUCGAGCAAAAGAUGAGCGGGAGAGAAAGAAGAAAGAAAGGGCUGAAAUGAAGAAGCGCAAAGGCCCUGCACAGAAGAAGAAAACAGCUGCAGGUGCACUAUUAGUCUGAGCCUUCUGGCAAUGAGGAGUUGAAUUGGGAUGAACUUGCAGGCGACUGGAAUCAGGGAGGAUCGUACGGGUAUUCUUCUUCAGAAUCCGAAACAAGUUUAGCCAACAAUACAAGAACUCAGUUGGAUAAGGAGGACCUUACCGGAUCUGAGAAGAAGGCUACAGGAGAGGAUCAGCAAGCUGAUGCUGCCACGAAACUUCCCACAACUAGGAGCAAGGGUGCACGAAGUGGUGUACAUACUUCAAGUGGUACUAAAGAGGGUCAGCAAGCUGAUGCUGCCACGAAACUUCCCACAACUAGGAGCAAGGGUGCACGAAGUGGUGUACAUACUUCAAGUGCUACUAAAGAGGGUCCGCAAGCUGAUGCUGCCACGAAACUUCCCACAACUAGGAGCAAGGGUGCACGAAGUGGUGUACAUACUUCAAGUGGUACUAAAGAGGGUCAGCAAGCUGAUGCUGCCACGAAACUUCCCACAACUAGGAGCAAGGGUGCACGAAGUGGUGUACAUACUUCAAGUGCUACUAAAGAGGGUCCGCAAGCUGAUGCUGCCACGAAACUUCCCACAACUAGGAGCAAGGGUGCACGAAGUGGUGUACAUACUUCAAGUGCUACUAAAGAGGGUCAGCAAGCUGGUGUUGCCACGAAACUUCCCACAACUAGGAGCAAGGGUGCACGAAGUGGUGUACAUACUUCAAGUGCUACUAAAGAGGGUCCGCAAGCUGAUGCUGCCACGAAACUUCCCACAACUAGGAGCAAGGGUGCACGAAGUGGUGUACAUACUUCAAGUGAUACUAAAGAGGGUCAGCAAGCUGGUGUUGCCACGAAACUUCCCACAACUAGGAGCAAGGGUGCACGAAGUGGUGUACAUACUUCAAGUGCUACUAAAGGUAAUGAUUCUAAAGAGCAAAGUAUGUAACUAUUACAUUCCACCAUGCAGCUUCUCCUUGCGAGCAAGCCAAGUGUUUCCAUUUGAAUGCCCAAAAUCCAAAUGUACCAUUGUAUUUGUGUGAAGGUAUCAUCAAAAUCAGCUGCAUCAAUAUCAUUUUUAUGUGUAAACUGCAAACUUUAAAACGUAUUUUUAUAAUGAUAAAACUGUUGUCAUGAAUUGUUCAUUUGCUGAAUUGUUGACUUGCU